UGCGAGAGAAAAAGCUUUCGGAUUCAUAUUAUGAUGUCGAUUCACUCCCUCUUAUCAAACCUUUCUAAAGUUAAAGAACCACAAAAAUUUAUUUCUCCUUUCCAUUACAGAUAUUUCCAAUCCCACCAGAUUGGGAUAUUCAAAUACACAACAAACAUUCGAUCACUGGUUUCUGGUUCAAACCCAGCCCAAAUUUUUGCACAUCAUUUGUCAAAUUGUUCCAACUUGAGGGAACUAAAUCAAGUUUACGGCCAAAUUAUCCGAACAUAUAUGCUAGAAUUGUACCCUGGUGCAUUCCAAUGGAACAACAUUAUGAGAUCUUAUGUUAGGAGUGAAAUUCCAUCUGCCGCACUUCAAGUUUAUCUCAUGAUGUUGCGUUCUGGUAUCUUUCCCGAUCAUUAUACGAUUCCCAUUGUGUUAAAAGCUGCUUGUCGGCUUCUUGAUGUUGUAAACUGGCGGCAAUUCCAUUCAGUUGUUAUAAAGAAUGGGCUUGAAUCAAAUGAGUUUUGUGAAAGUGCUCUAAUUAGUUUGUAUUCCAAGGCGGGGGAAUUUGGAAUUGCACGCAAAGUGUUCGAACAAAAUGUUGAUAGAGAAUUGGGUUCCUGGAAUGCCAUUAUAGGAGCACUUGCUCAAGGAGGAAAUGCAAAAGAAGCUAUAAAUAUGUUCAUAAAACUACUGAAAGAAGGUUUUGCACCGGAUGAUGUUACCAUGGUUAGUGUAACUUCCGCCUGCGGAAGAUUAGGCAACUUGGAACUAGGUCUUCAGUUGCAUAAAUGUGUUUUUCAAGCGAGAACGUUAGAGAAAUCAGAUAUUUUGAUGUCGAAUUCUCUUGUAGACAUGUACGGGAAGUGUGGCAGAAUGGAUUUAGCACAUAAAGUUUUUGAAAGGGUAGUAUGUCGCAAUGUAUCUACGUGGACAUCGUUGAUAACAGGUUAUGCAAUGCAUGGGUGUGUAAGCGAAGCACUUGACUGUUUUCGUGACAUGAGAUUGGAUGGAGUUCCUCCUAAUAGUGUGACAUUCAUCGGAGUGUUUAGUGCUUGCGUUCAUGGAGGAUUGGUAAGUGAAGGAAAAAAUUACUUUGAUAUGAUGAAGCAAACUUACGGUAUUAAUCCUAGGAUACAACAUUAUGGUGUAAUGGUUGAUCUAUUGGGACGAGCUGGAUUGAUAGACGAAGCUAAAGUGAUGGUUGAGAAAAUGCCUAUGAAGGCAAAUGCUGUAAUAUGGGGAGCAUUAAUGGGAGCUUGUGAGAAAUAUGGAAACGUGGAAAUGGGAGAAUAUGUAGCAAAGAAAUUAGAAGAAUUAGAACCAUGGAAUGAUGGAGCUUAUGUUGUGUUAUCAAAUAUUUAUGCAGGAGUCGGUUUAUGGAAAGAAGUUGCUAGAGUGAGAGAGAUGAUGAAGAAAAAAAGAAUUGAAAAGAUUCCUGGUUACAGCUCCGUUUAACUGAUUAUCCUGUUAGAAGAAUAACAGUGUUUUUUCAAUUUUUUGAGGUAUCAAAAGCACAAUGUUCAAAGCGAGGUUGUUGAUGAACACUAAAGAUAGUUGGGUUGUUAUAAUUAGCUACAUAAGAUCAAUCAGAAUGAUGCAGCUGAAAUUUCGACCUAAAAAGAAAGUAGCUGAGAACCAACUGAACUGGAUGCAGGAAUCCGCAACAGAACCAUAGGUUUGAAUUCACCCCAUGUACAAGUAAAUUGUUGCAUCACCUCCCUCGUUCAGGUACAAGUGAGGGUUCACGACUCACCCGCAUGCUAAACCAAAUGGAAUAAAACACGGUGAUACAGUCAGAAAUAUACUAACAAAAGUUUGAGUCUUCAUCAGGUGGAAAUGCAGUAAUAUGUUGAUGGAAAAAAUGAAUCUACUUGAAAGGUCAUAGCUGAUGCAGAUUGAGCUUCUACUACAGUAACCUCGGCAUCUGCUUCUCCGAUAUUUAUUCUUUGAGGUGCAUCCGAUAAGAGUGCAUGUGCCAUCCAUCCUAUGUUAUUUGAUAUAUUCUUCAGGAAAUCUAUAGUUAUCUUGACAUCAGCAUCUGUAUCAACUUCUGCCAGGUCAUAGCUGAUGCAGAUUGAGCUUCUACUACAGUAACCUCGGCAUCUGCUUCUCCGAUAUUUGAGUUUGAGCUUGUGCCAUCCUCACGUUCCUGGGCAUUUGAGUAUUCUGGAACAGCAUGACUUCACAAGUGUCUGUAGAUUCCAUUUAAGUUUGGUAUGUCUGGGAAUGAAUCAUUAAAUAAGAGGAUGAAUGUCAGUAGGAUGGCGUCUAUAAUCCAAUUCUAUUACUGGUGAUUGGUAGCUAUAAUUCUUGUCACAAGGAAUAUCGUCAAUGUCAGUUAGUGGCUUAGGCAGUCAGCCCCAGUUACUGCCUUAACUAAGUGCUCCCAUUUGCGUGACUUGAAUGUUACCUUGCACAUUAGUUCUAAUUCAGCUUGUAAAUCUUAU